CAAUAUUUUUUAGCCGCACCAUUGCCAGUGGCAAUUUUUUAGCUGCACCAUUGUUAGGCAUCAGGACAAUACACUGCAGAGGUGUGCACCCUUAUUUCAGAAGAACUCAUAGUUUCUAAUGUCUGACACUGCCAAAGGCUUUGCUGUAGUCUAUAAAGCAUGGAUUUUAUUAGAGCACUAAAAAAAAUCACACCUGUUGUAUGGGGUAAAAAUUUAGUUUAUGUUUCCGAUUUUUUAAAAAACAAGUCUAAAAUAGUAUCACCAGCCAUUGCUUUAGGACUUUAUUAGACCACUGAACCAUCACAAGGAGAAGCUACGGUAGCUUCGGACUCUUACAGAAGUCUUUCAACACCCUGGGCUUUAUAGAGCUGGGGUGGGGGGAGAGAAAAGCAAAACACACUAAUUUCAGAAAUCAUGGCUAGCUGUACGGGCCGGUUACCUCCGUCCCAAGCAAGUUCCAAAACGGGGGCUGCAGGGACAGUUCAGAGGCAGCAAACAAAGAAUUCUGCUGCAUCUUUAAGCCGCUUCAGUUCUAUUUAGCAGAAGCCUCCUUGCACUGUGCUACCAAUGACGACGUUGAUGGAGGAUAAAAACCUAAUGGUUUUUAACAAACAAAUAUGCACGCAUGAACUGUGUCUCUCUCCUCACAGGAUGGGCGACAGUGAUUCCCCCCGAGAUAGUUAAAAUACAACAAACCGCCGCCGCCCCCGCCCCCCGCUUUAUUUAUUUACUGCAGAUGCCCAGCUGCUGCCCAGCUUCCCCAUUCCCCGCCUCUUGCCUCCUAACCGGGCCGUCUAUUGGAAACGAAAGAGAUUCAGCUGAUCGGCUCCCCGAAGGGCCCAAUGGUAUAAAUCGGCGCCUUACAGUCAACCAAUAGCAGCGAGCGUGGGGCGGAUUCCGACCGGGCCAGACCGAGAGGCCGUACAAAGAGGCCGGUUUGGAAAGGGGCGAAUUGCUCGCGCCUCGCCGCAACAAGAGCGUGUGAGGGAGCGCGCCGGGGCGCGCGGGGCCAGAGGAGGCGACCGCGGAUGCUGCUGCUGCUGCUGCUGCUUUUGCUCUGGUGAGGGAAGCCGGGUCGUGCCGUCUUCCACCAAAGUGGAGCCGGGACCGUUGCUCUUUGCAGGGCGAGGAGGACAGCUCGCCUGCCUGCCUGCCUGGAGGGGAAAGGCAAGGUGUUUCCUCCCUCCCUCCCCCCACGGCCCCCUAGCGCGCCGCAGCGCACGCCGUGAUACACAAACCCCGAGCAGCAGGCAUGGGAGGAGGCUGUGGAUAAGCAGCACAGAGGCGUCCUUCGGGGGGGAAUUUGUUUAAAAACAGAAAAAAGCAACGAGAGAGAAAAGCCAGCCCAGCCUAAAAAAGAGCGGUGUGUGUGGGGGGGGGGAAUCAUGUAAUUGUAUUCCUCGCCUGCAUCGCUUGCUUCCGCAGACGAGCCCGCCGCCCCUGGCGCUGGUUGUGGUCGCUGGUGCUGCUCCCUGCAGUGGAGAGAGAGAGAGAGAAAGAGAGAGAGAGAUUGGGAGACCGCGCGUUCUCCCACGCAGGCAGCGGCGCAUCGUUCGAGUUUUUUCUUUGAGGGGGGGACGAAGCACUCCUCGCUCCGUGGAUCUCGGCUGGCUGGAGGGAAGGUCGAGGCGCGGGCACCCUGCUCUCUCUGUGUGUGCCGCCUCCUCUCGCUCGCCUCAGCCGCCCUCAGGCUCCCCGCGUUGGCUUCCUUUCUCCCUCUUUCCGCGCUGCCCUUCGUUUGAAUCGCUCCCGCUGCUUUUGAUUUACGGCUCCUUCAAUGUUCCCUCCCAAGGGCAAACGGCGGCGGCGGCAACAGCAGCAGCAGCAGCAGCCGCCUUCUUGCCCCCCCGUCAGCCUCCGGCCGCCCACCCGUUUGGCCGCCGCUCGGAGCAGCCGGAGAGGCUCGCUCGGCCGCGCGCUCCUCCUGGGGGCUGCCGACGGUCGCGAGGGCGCCCAAUAAAUGCCUUUAGCAAGCCGAGGCUUCGGUGGGAGGCGGAGGCGGAGGGGGGCACGGUUGGCUUCCUCGCCCCCGUCGCAGCAGCAGCAGCAGCAGCAGCGGCGUCGUCGUGCUCGGCUGGAGAAGGGAGAGCCGCGAGAGCAGAGGCGGAUCUUCGGAGCGGUCCGUAGCCCGGGCACCUUCACGAAAGGCGGAGGGAUCGGACAAGAAUGACCCAGCCGGCUCCCAGGCGUCUCCAGCGCCGCCGCCGCCGCCGCCGCCCCGCUUGUCCUCUGCAACAUCUCUUCAGAUGACCGACCGGAUCGGCCUCGGUGCCCGAGGGCAAGCUUUCAGAAUGACGGUUCUGGGUGGUUUCGCGCCGCUUCCUGGAGAGCCCAGCCACAGACUGGAGGGUGCCGUUUCUUUAGGACCUUUCUGAAGACCAGGACUUCUUUACCUUUUUUUCCCCCUUCCCCCCCCUCCCCGGUGGGAGGAUCGAACUGACACGUGUGUGCGUGUGUGCACUCUGGGUUUUUUUUUGUCCAGGAUGGCUCACGAAGUUGCAGGCUGACUCGAUGAGGAUCUUGGUUUGAUGGGCGGGAAGGGUGGGGUGGGGGGAACAAAGAAUAACCCAGGUGCCUUUUCCGCCUCCGUUUUUCUGUGCCAGUGCUGUGCUUCUGCAUUGCUGAAGUGGGAACAAAUGGCCCAAGCACUGGGGACUUGGGAGGGAAAAUGACAGCAUGGGCAUCCUCACCAGAGAGGCAACCUUCCACCAGGAGGGGAAAUUGCUUCCCAACUCCAUCUUGAGUGAUUUAAUUUGCGGAUGAAGGAAGCCUGGACUCUUCUCCUGGUGUCUGGAGAGAAAAGGACCCAACUGGCUGGCUGUUCAGCAGUUUUCUUGGAAAGGUUUGAAUUCUUUUAUCACUGGGAACUUUGUUUUGCUUGGACUCGGCCGGGACUGACUUGCCCGAAGUUCUUGCAUUUUAAUAUCUUCGCUGCGCUUCCCCAGCCAGAGGGUUGAAAGAUGCUGCUCAGAGGAGUUGGUUUCCCUCUUGCUAUGAGUGGGAAUUCCUGUGGCUGAUUCCCUCCCACUCCUUAAGAACCUCUCCCUCAAUCCCUCCUCCCUCUUCUUUUCUGCCCCCACAGGGCAUGUCCCGCUCCAACAGUGUAAGCCCUCCGGGGUUCGGAGCCCCUCCUGUGCCCAGGGGUGGAGGUGCAGAACAGCAUCGCUCUGCCUGGGGAGAAUCCAGAGCCAAUGGCUAUUCUUACCCUCUUCAUACAAGGGCCUCAAUCAAGAAAUCUUCCUGUAUGGCGAGCUGGUGGAGAAGUGAGGAAGAGUAUCAGCUGCCAAGCAGCAGUUACCACGGGGUGAGUGGCUGCAGGAUGAUGAGCUUCAGGUCAAAGUCUGCCUGGCAGGAUUAUGGGGGUGACAAGAGCCAGCACUCCCACCGGGCGGGAGAUACCUCACUGGCCACAAGUCCUAGGCGCUACGGCACGGAGCAGGGUGAGGUGCGUCCGCGCUCCGUGGAACUGGGGCUAGAAGAGAAGCGGAUCAAGGCCAAGAUCGAUGAGCUGGAGGAGGGGGAAGAACAUCUGGAUGAUGACAGGGGGUCUGAGAUGGUAUUUUCCAUAGGCAGCUGUUGUGGCAGCCUCCUACAGAUCUUCAGGUCGAAGAAGUUCCAGUCAGAGAAGCUGGAGCACCUCUACCAGCGCUAUUUUUUCCGUCUCAACCAGAGCAGCCUAACUAUGUUGAUGGCGGUGUUAGUCUUGGUCUGUCUGGUCAUGCUGAUUUUCCACACUGUUCAUGGUUACUAUCAGGUGCCCUAUGUGGUGGUGCUGGCCCUGGCCAUCCUGCUGAUGGUGGCCCUGGGUGUCGUCUGCAAUCGCAACGAUUUCCACCAGGACCACAUGUGGCUCAUGUGCUACUCUGUUAUUCUGGUGGUGUUGGCUGUACAAGUGGUUGGCUGCUUGCUGAUGCAACCCAGGAGUGCCUCUGAGGGCAUUUGGUGGACAAUCUUUUUCAUCUACAGCAUCUAUACCUUGCUGCCGGUUAGGAUGAGGGCUGCAGUCAUCAGUGGCGUGGUGCUGUCUGCUAUCCACCUUGCCAUUUCUCUCAAAAUCAAUGCAGAAGAUAGAUUUCUGCUGAAACAGCUAGUGGCCAACAUUCUCAUCUUCAUCUGCACGAACAUUGUAGGCGUGUGCACCCACUAUCCAGCGGAGGUGUCGCAAAGACAGGCAUUUCAAGAGACCAGGGAAUGCAUUCAAGCUCGUCUCCAUUCUCAGAGAGAAAAUCAGCAGCAGGAGCGCCUCUUGCUUUCUGUACUUCCUCGCCAUGUUGCCAUGGAGAUGAAAGCUGACAUAAAUGCCAAAAAAGAGGAUAUGAUGUUUCAUAAAAUUUAUAUCCAGAAGCAUGACAAUGUCAGCAUUCUGUUUGCAGACAUUGAAGGUUUCACAAGUCUGGCUUCCCAGUGCACUGCUCAGGAACUGGUGAUGACAUUAAACGAACUCUUUGCCAGAUUUGAUAAACUUGCAGCGGAGAAUCACUGUUUACGUAUAAAAAUCCUGGGUGAUUGCUAUUACUGUGUGUCUGGAUUACCCGAGGCAAGAGCAGACCAUGCACAUUGUUGUGUUGAAAUGGGAAUGGAUAUGAUAGAAGCAAUCUCAUUAGUGCGAGAGGUGACAGGAGUCAACGUGAAUAUGCGAGUUGGGAUCCACAGUGGGAGAGUUCACUGUGGGGUCUUGGGCCUCAGGAAAUGGCAGUUCGAUGUCUGGUCAAAUGAUGUCACAUUAGCCAAUCACAUGGAAGCAGGCGGCAAAGCAGGGCGAAUACACAUAACAAAAGCUACACUGAACUACCUGAAUGGUGACUAUGAAGUGGAGUUGGGUUUUGGAGGAGAGCGGAAUGCUUAUCUCAAGGAGCAUAGCAUAGAGACCUUUCUUAUUGUGCGAUGCAGCCAAAAAAGGAAAGAUGAGAAAGCAACAAUAGCCAAGAUGAACCGUCAGCGUACUAAUUCUCUUGGGCACAAUCCCUCACACUGGGGAGUGGAUCGCUCCUUUUACAACCAUCUUGGCAGCAAUCAAGUUUCCAAGGAGAUGAAAAGAAUGGGUUUUGAAGAUCCAAAAGACAAGAACAUCCAGGAAAACAUGAAUCCAGAAGAUGAGGUGGAUGAGUUUCUAGGUCGUGCUAUUGAUGCCAGAAGUAUUGACCGCUUACGUUCUGAACAUGUUCGCAAAUUUCUCUUAACAUUCAGGGAGCUUGACUUGGAGAAGAAGUACUCCAAACAAGUGGAUGAUCGGUUUGGUGCAUAUGUGGCAUGUGCCUCCAUAGUCUUCCUCUUCAUCUGCUUUGUUCAGAUCACAAUUGUGCCCCACUCUGUGUUUAUGCUGGCAUUCUACCUGACCUGUUUUGUGAUGCUGACCACAGUAGUGUUUGUUUCUGUCAUUUAUUCCUGUGUCAAGCUUUUUCCAGAUCCGCUGCAGGCUCUUUCACGGAAAAUUGUUCAGUCCAGGACCAAUAACACCAUAGUUGGGGUCUUCACCAUUAUAUUGGUUUUUCUCUCAGCCUUUGUCAACAUGUUCACAUGCAGUACCGUGGAUCUUUUGAAGUGCAUGGCUGCAGAGUAUAACAUCACCCCACACAAGGGGAACACGUGCCACAUUAGCUACUCUGCCUUCAAUUACAGCCUGGGAACAGCACAGGGGUUCUGUGCUAGCUCCCAGCCAAGCUGCAACUUUCCAGAGUAUUUUACCUACAGUGUCUUACUGAGCCUCCUGGCCUGCUCUGUAUUUCUUCAGAUCAGUUGCAUCGGGAAACUCAUUUUGAUGUUGAUUAUUGAAUUUAUAUAUGUCCUCAUUGUUGAAGUGCCGGGGCUUACCCUCUUCGAUAACGCAGAACUUCUGGUUACCGCUAACUCUAUUGUGUUUUCCAAUUGGACAGGAAAUAUAAUAUGUCCUCCAACUGUGCCCCGGGUGGCCCUGAAGAUUGUGACUCCCGUCGUUAUCACCGUGUUUGUCCUGGCGGUAUAUCUACAUGCUCAGCAGGUGGAAUCUACAGCCAGGCUUGAUUUCCUUUGGAAGCUUCAGGCUACUGAAGAAAAGGAGGAGAUGGAGGAACUGCAGGCCUACAACAGGCGGCUCCUCCAUAACAUCUUGCCGAAGGAUGUGGCAGCCCACUUUCUUGCACAGGAGCGAAGGAAUGAUGAACUGUAUUACCAGUCUUGCGAGUGUGUGGCUGUCAUGUUUGCUUCCAUCAGCAACUUCUCAGAAUUUUAUGUAGAGCUAGAAGCCAACAAUGAAGGGGUGGAAUGCUUGAGGCUCCUUAACGAAAUCAUUGCCGACUUUGAUGAGAUCAUCAGCGAGGAUCAGUUCCGGCAGCUGGAGAAGAUCAAGACGAUCGGUAGCACAUACAUGGCUGCUUCUGGCCUUAAUGAUUCCACUUAUGAUAAAGUGGGCAAAACUCAUAUCAAGGCCCUGGCUGACUUUGCGAUGAGGUUGAUGGAUCAAAUGAAGUACAUCAAUGAGCACUCCUUCAACAACUUCCAGAUGAAAAUAGGGCUCAAUAUUGGUCCAGUAGUAGCUGGGGUUAUAGGGGCACGUAAGCCCCAGUAUGAUAUUUGGGGGAACACUGUGAAUGUAGCCAGCCGAAUGGACAGCACAGGAGUGCCCGACAGAAUUCAGGUGACCACAGAUAUGUAUCAGGUUCUAAGUGUCAACAACUAUAAACUAGAAUGCCGAGGGGUUGUUAAGGUCAAAGGCAAAGGAGAAAUGACUACCUACUUCCUAAAUGAAGGUCCACCAGCAAGUUAGCAGCAGCAGCAGCAGGCAAGGAAGACUCGAGGAUGGCUCAGUUUCAUUCAAACACAGUAGUAAGUUGGAGAAAAAUCUGCUGCUUGGCAGCAAAUCUUAAUACCAAGACAUGGCUGAGUAUUUCAUGAGAUGUCUCGUAUAGCAGGAUUGUGUGCAAGAGAGAAAAGAGUAAAGACAGUUCGGGCUACAUAACACAUAAUUCAGAAGUUACCUGGCUCUGCUGUGGAUUUUUCCCGCCUAAGUUGAUCGUCAAUGAAUUGACCAAAGAUUUAUGCUUAACGGAGUUUGGAGAUGAAUACGUGGAAUUGAGAUCUUCAAAAAGGCUGCUACACAGAACUUCAGAUAUUUAACUAUUUAUUUGAGAUAACACAAUGUGUUGUGUUUUUGUUUUUGUUUUUUAAAUUGAAGGAAAGUAUGAUUCGUUACAGCAGAAACAAGGAACCAGAGCAACAAUACUUGGGGAAGUGUGUGCAUUCCCAUACUAUUCCUGACUUGUGCUGUCAAGCAACUUGACGAGUGCUGCUGUUCUUUUAUUAGCCGUGUGAGUGGGCUGUCAAAGUUAGGAAUGCCGCCCACUGCUGCUCUGUACAAAGGGCCUUUUUCUAAUGAAACCAUCAGUAAAGUUUUUAGAUGGGGAAAAAUAUGCCUUCUUAUGUACUCUUGCCAUCCCUAUCCUUAUACAGAUAUGAGGUUUACCAGGACUGCUAUUUUGAAAGGAAAAAGAAACACUGCUUGAGGCGAGAAAAGACUUUUUCAAACGUAUUUAUUAAAUGAAAAGGCCUUCCCGCUCCUGUUUGGUGCAUAUCUGUUUACAUAUAUGAAUGACUAGCUGUCAACAUGAAACACUUAGGCAGAGAGAGUCCUCUGACACAUGUGGGAUUGUUGGUUUGGGGGUUUGUUUUGGGGGUUUUGUAUUUUGUAAUAUGGAAGAUACCAAGGUCUAACAAAUAUUCCGAAAUUCUAUAUUUUGAAAAUUAUUGAGUUAAACACUCACCCUACUUGAGCAACAAUGAUUCACAUGUGGAUCAGCUAUAGUGUGGGUGGGUGUGCACCAAACCACUGUGUGAAGGUGCCAGGUUUGGGGUUGGGUGGGUGGGUGGACACAUUCAGCAAUCCAAUUGAAUGCCCAGCACCUAGCACAGCGUGUCGGCUGUCAAGACAGGGCAGAAACAGAAACAAUAGGGCUCUAGCCUGCACCCCGAACAUUUGAUGCACAUGUAGCAGCACACAUGUGUUGUUCACCAGUAUUCAGAAGAGUGGAAAGGGGGGCACCUAAGCUGCAUUGAAACCUCUCCCUUUCUGGUUCCCUAUUUGAGAGUUGCUCAGGGCUAUGAGUUGUUUCUGCCCUUCAGCUCUCAGGUCUCCCUUAAUCCAGCAGUGGGUGUGUGAAGCUAUCUGCUGUGCUCUCCUUUCUCUGGAUGAGGGCUGGGCAGAGCAGUGCACACAAAGCGGUGGUGGGAGGUGUACAUAGGCUAUAGAGUUGUGUGACAUUAUUUUCAUUAUUUUCUGAGUUGCAGACUUGGCAGUUUUCAGACAAACACUGUACAGCCCAGGACACAAGUAAACAAACAAACAAAAACAUGAUAGGAGAAGGGAAUGCUAGGUUGAACUGUCUUUAAUGAAGUGUGUGAAACCACAAUAAAGCAGACUAGGAGUAUCAAGAGAUAGCCCAGCUACAUUUAAUUCUGAUUGUUGGAAGGAGAUGAGUGUAAAAAAAAGUGUGCUCACAAUUCUGAAUUUUUAUUUGUCAGGAAUACUACCACAAGAGCCGCAUGGAGUGUGUAUCUGGAACAGGAAAAAAUGAAAUCAAGCAUUUCUUUUUCAAAAGGAUGUGAACGUUUACAAUUUAUAUAAUAACUGUAUGCAUAAGUCCUAUAGAUGGCCUUGGAUUUUUGCUGUCUCGGAUUGAAGUGGCAGGAUGUGAAUUCAUUUAUUCACAUUUAUUAUGGAUUGCAGUUUGAAGAUUCAAUAAACAAAUUGUAUUGAUUUCAUCCUCUGCAGCUAAGAUGGCAUUCAUGCCACAAUUAAAAAACAAAACAAAAAAUCACGGGGGUAUUAAGGUUGAAAAAGACAGAAUUUGUUAACAGAUGUAUGACUGAAUGAAAUACAUUUUGAAUUUUUAAAGACCGUCCCCUUCAUAUUUUAUCAGUAACUAUAAAAGCAUAAAAUGCCUAUAUUUUUAUAUGUCAGUAGGUGAAGACUUUUGAUACUCAAUUUGGCUAUCUCAAAAACGACGUCCAACAUUUUGCUAUUUGUUUUUCACUCUUCUCAGGGCAGAAUUUCUAUAGUUUUCAUAAUCUAAUGAUUGCCCAUUGCUGGCAAUUAUGACAUUGGGGCUGAGGCUUCUCUUUGACCAGGAAAUUAAGAAUGAUGCUGCUGGUGAAUUUGUCAUCCUGUUUAACACAGUUCUUACAUUAAGCUACUUUGAACUAGAGCUUCAGUACCAUCCUACUUUCUUACUGUCUUCUUCCUUUCCGCUAGGGUACAUCCUGGAACAGUGUAGUAGCCAGACUUUUAGAAAACUGCCAAGUCUGUCCUUGUACUAUAUUUUGAACUUCUGAAGAAAAAUUCCCAUUUAUUUGCAAAGGUUUUAUUUACACAGUAUUGCAGCUUGUUCUCCAUCACCUUCCAUCCUUUGUUUUUGCUGCCAUUUACCACUUCCAAAUUUUAAUUAACAGCACAAUAACAUAGGAUCAUUUUGUUUUAGUUUUGCCUCCUGCUUUGAAGUGUGCGUUCUUAACAUUUGAGCAAACCACCUUGCGCGAUUGUGUUGUCAAUGAAAUUUUCAGUCGCCUGUAUCUCUGACUGUGAUUGUUGACUGUGUCAUGAUCAUUUCAAGGGGUAUGCACUCUUUAUUCUGGCUCUUGCAAAAAUUGAUACAGUUAUGAUUUCCCAUGGAAAUUUCAAUCUGUUUAAGUAAUUUAACAACUAUAUUAAACACUGUUUCACUUGUGAAUCUGUCCAUUUUUCCCUGUUAGAAUCUGGCUCGUAAAAGAUCAGAAAUAAUGUUGCAGAAUAAAGUAUCAUUUAAUAUUCAGUGGUUGGAGUGACCUCCCAAAUAUAUUUCAGGAUCAUCAAUGCAAUAAUAGUAGCUCUUUGGACUUCUAUACUGUAAUUUGUCUCAAUAAUUGUAACUGUUCAUAGAUGUAUAGCUGGAUACUGUCGGAGCACAGAAAGAUGAGACAAACAACUUCCUCAUAGGAUGUGUCUGUCCGCUUCUUUGUGAUUGUACAGAAGACUGUUGC